AUGGAACUAGACUUUGAGCGCCUCAACGCCAUAUUCAAGCCCCGUCAGGAUAUUCUCGAUGGCAUAAAGCGAUGCGCCGAAACGCCCGGCAAGGUCGCCCUCUUUAACGAAAUCGCUGCGCAUGUUCACUCCAAGCUGGCAGAGAACGAGGAGCCCGGGGCAAAGAGACGCAAGGUCCAGGCUGGCCGUGACACCAACGGCGCCGCGAAUGGCUCUCCCGCUACUGGGAACCCGGCCGACGACCCUGUCCUGCUGCAGGUCAAGGAAAUAUCCGUCUCUGUGCCACAGCGGAAGAAGUUUGAGAUAUGCUUUACACCAGAUUUUCUCUAUGCUCGCGUGCCAGGAACAACGGUCCCUCUUCAGGGCAUGACCUAUGCCUGGACUGACAUUGAAUUCGUCUUUUACGUACCUGUCCCCGAAAAGGCCCAAGUACAACACAACUAUGUUUUGUUCCCGCGCGGCUCGAGGAUACCCCCCAAGUCCGGCCCGGCGACCGUCGAACCAUUCGUCUUCACAGUCCCUGCCACGGCGCCCAAGGAGGGCACGAUAGGAGGAAGCGAGGUUGGCCUGUCUCAUUCCGUAUCCGAUACAUACAGGGGCCUGUUCCACUGGGCGUUCAACAGACGCUUGCGCGCCGUCGGCAGCGACGUCAAGAUUGUCUCGUCGGACCCUAAUCAAUUUCACAGCAUGGUCCGGCAACCGCACCGGCCCAACGAAAAGGCGGUACACGUCGGCGCCUUUCGCGGCUCCAAAGACGGCUUCUUGUUUUUCCUGGAGACGGGCAUCUUGUGGGGCUUCAAGAAGCCGCUCAUCUUCAUGCCGCUGAAGCGCAUCGCCGCCAUGAGCUACACCAACAUUUUGCAAAUCACCUUUAACAUUGUCAUCGAGGUAUUCCCCGAGGAAGGCGACGUCAACGACGAGUACGAGUUUGGCAUGGUGGACCAGCAAGACUACGGCGGCAUCGACAGCUACGUCAAGCGCAACGGCCUGCAAGACGGCAGCAUGGCGGAGCAGCGCAAGGGAAAGCUACAGCUGGCCGAGAACAAGGCCAAAAAGGGCGCGGACGGGGCGCCGGCGGAUGAGGCCGGCGAUGGCAUGACGGAGCUGGAGCGGGCCGCGCUGGGCGGAGACUUGGAAGAUGAUGACGAGGAUGAGGAGGACUAUGCCCCCGGUAGCGAUGAUGGCAGCGGCGGCUCUGGAGAGUCUAGCGAUGAAGAUGACGACGACGAUGAUGAUGUUGGUGAGGAUGACGAAGAAGAUGAUGCAGAGGGCGACGAAGGCGACGACGAGGAAGCGGGCGACGCCCCGGGCCUAUCGAUUAGAUGA